GUUGCAACUCUGGCACUGACAUAGCUUUUCCGCUCAGUGCUGCACCACUUCUCAGUGGUUGCGCAUGCGCUGGCAGCUUGGCCAGCAUAGGAGGUUGAUAUGGGCACGAGUCUUGCGAGACUGGUCUUCCAGCCCCCUCCUUCUUCGUAUGGCAAAGAUCCAAAUCUGUUCUGGCUAACAACAUCAAGACAGGAGGUGAUCCCAGCUUUCUACAUUAGACGGCAGGAUGCCUUUUUCACCUUGCUCUUCAGCCACGGCAACGCGGAAGAUCUGGGACUCAUCAUACGGUACUUUCGCGAGCUGAGCCACAUUCUACAUGUCAAUGUCUUCUCCUACGAGUACACGGGAUAUGGAAUGAGCACUGGACAGCCUCAGGAAGCAGCGGUGUAUGCGGACAUCGAGGCCGCCUUCAAGUACCUGCACGAAGAGCUUCGCAUCCCGUGGUCACAGAUCGUGCCGUACGGCAGAUCCAUCGGCACCGCUCCGUCCAUACACCUGGCGACGACCGCGCCAGUUCGGGGCGUGAUUCUGCAGAGCCCCAUGGUAUCUAUCUAUCGAAUACCGUUUAGACUGCGAUUUACUCUUCCAGGUGAUGUGUUUACGAACAUCGACAAGAUCGGUGGCGUUUGCUGCCCUGUGUUCAUUAUCCAUGGCACCAGGGAUGAAAUUGUCCCUGUUUGGCAUGGUCAGGUCCUGCAUCAGACAUGUGUCAAGAAGGGUAUUGCUUAUGAUGCCUACGUUGUCGAGGGCGCAGACCACAACAAUCUAGAGAUGCAGGCAGGUGACGCGUUCUACGAGCGACUGGCGCGCUACCUUGAGCACCUGCGGCGCACGCCGAUCUCGGAGAAGCUGCAGCAACAGGCGGAUCGUGCGGGUCUUAUGGCCUGACUCCCUCGCUGUGCGUUUCAUGGCGGGGGAUCCCGAAAUCUCCCUGCCGAUUCAGCCAGAAAGUGCGCAUGUACAGAUGUAGGGACAUGCACUUUCUCUGAACACUCCUGCAUCAGCUAGCCCAACCGCUUCUCGCAUGGGGACACGCAGUUCGUGACCAGAUGAAUGUCAG